GAUCAAAGGCGGGUCUGUCAAGUUGCGACGGCAACGAUUGGAGCUCGGCACCAAACACACGCUGCUAUCCUCAAACCAAUCGACUAGUAGCCAUAAUGCUAGCUGCACGCAAAAGAGCAAAGGUGCGCCCAUUAUCAGCUGCGUCGAUCGAGCGCGCAGAAUCGGACGAAACUCACGAAAAAGAAGAAAACGAAAAUGAAGAAAACGAAGAGAGGCUGAUUGAGACGGGAGAGUCGUCAGAAGACGACGAGGAAGAGGGCUAUGAGUCAAAUGGUGAGAGACCGGAAGUGAUCGCCAUUGCUGAGAACACGGUUGACAAAGCGAUUGACGUAGAUGUUGAGAGGGAGCACAAUGUUAACGGUGAUCGUGUGGAAACGUCAGUUGUCGAGAGGGAGACUCGUGAGGAGAAACAGGAGGGAACUUCCGGUAUGGAUGCGGGGGCGGGGCGGAGUAGAUCGCAGGCUGGGCGAAAGAGAGUGCGGCGAAAUGUCGUCGUUCCUAUUACGUCGGAAGAGGAGGGUCGUAUGAGCCAGACGGAGAUGGAAAAAUUGCGAGAAAUGAGCGGAUCAGUGGCGAGCAAAGAAGCUUGGAGUGAGGCUGCUUCAUCUCGUCGAGCCUCGGUUGCUAGUUAUCUCAGCAGUCGGGCGCAAUCGCGUGGAGCCGAUGUCGUUUCCCAACUGGAAACUGCGAGUACACAUUCCGUUAUUACGGUAGUGGAGGCGGAUGCUGAUCAGAGAUUUGAACUGGAUGCGGCUAUGGAAGUGCAAGUCAAGCCUUUGUCUGAGCCUGCAGCACAAGUUACAGCAUCAGAAAAGACAUCACUUGAUACGUCAAGUGUGGGGAAGACUAUGGUGUCUAGUAGCACUCCGAGUCUGUUGGCACCUCCUGAGAUGAAGGGUGAACAGCAAGCUUAUGUGCCUUAUGAUACAGCCAGACAGGCUAUAGCAAAGGUGCUAAACGACAUGAAGAACAUGAGAGAGAAGCACGUCCUCAUUGUCACUGAUAUGACAGAUGUCUUCAAACGAGUGGAAGACGAAACACAGACUCAUUAUGAAGAGUUUGUGUUGAGUUUGAAGAAGCAGCAUGCACACAAGAUGGUGACAUUUCGGCAAGUGAUACAUCUGCAGCAGACAGAGCUAAGUCAGGGCAAGUCUCAUGCAGAGAACGUCGUGAAAAGCUUGAAUGCGAGGAAUAAAGCACUAAUGCAGGAAAAUCGUGAGCUGCUGCAUCAGAGCAAGGAAGGAUUUGCAAAGAUGGAAGCUGAAAGGAAUUCCACAGUGCAAAAGCUAAUAGAAGAACUCGACAAGGAAAAAGCGGCUCGAAAAUUAGAAGUCGAGCAGCUUGUGAAUGAACACAACACAAACAUUUCCCUUCUCACCUCGUCGAAUGACUCUGCACUUCGUGAGGCUGAAGAGAAGCACCAAGUGGCCAUUAUGGCUGCCCAGAAGGCACACGAGUCUGAGAUUGAGUCACAGAUUGUGGCAGUGAGACAGGAAAUGAGUGACGAGUUUGGGAAAGAAAAGAUGGAACUGGAGAAGGAAUUGGAAGCUCAACGCAUGGAGGUGAAGGAAGAGAGAGAACGUGCGGCUUUAGUGGGGCAGAUGGCACCUGUAGAGGAAUCGAGAGAUGAUAGGGAGUCUGCUUUUGAUGCGCCGGCUGGAGUGAAGGAUGACGGUUAUUUGGAUGAAAUGAAGAAACAGUUAGAAGAAGCAAAGACGAGCAAACGAACUCUAGUCACAGAGAAUUCAGGACUAAAAGCAAAAUGUCACCAAUUGCAGUCUCGCCUUAACGCUCUCAUUGCAACAACAACCGCAGAUCCAUCGUGGCAAGCACAAGCAGCAGAAAAACUAGAGAAAACACAGACAGAACGAGAAACACUGCAAGAGGAAAAACAAGAGCUCGCCAAUCAAAUCAGUGAAUGGCAGGACAAGCAUCGAGCUGAAAACGACGGAGCUGAACCAACAGACGAAGAAAGAAGCGAAGCGCUUGCCGAAAUCGAACAAAAAGUCCAAACUCUCGACUCACAAUUGAAUGCUCUUGUAGCCACCGAGACUGCACUGACGUUGAUGAAAGAUGGAGAAACAGAUGCCACUGGUGGAGAGCUAGACGUCGGGGUUGAUGUUACGGUUGAUGUGACGGAGGUUGAUAGUUUGAGAGCUCGCGUUGUGGAGCUGGAGGAGGAGAACGAUCGUUUAAUGCUGGAAGUGACACAUUUGAAGAGGUUGAGAAGCAGGCGUCAAAGCAUGAGGUCACGUAUCGAGAGUGAAGACGGAUUGGACGAAGGAGAGGCAGGAGCCGAAGAGGAUGACGAAGAAGAGAGAGAACACAAGGAAGGAGAUGAGAGCUUUGAGGAAGCUGAGAAUUUCGGCUUGAACAGACAGCUUGAGUUGGCACAGAUUGAUGUGAGCAGCAAGGAGGAAGAGAUUGAGAGUUUGAAGGGAGAAGUAGAAAUGUUGAAGGAGGGAGGAUCGGGAGAGAUACAGUUACUUGAAGCAAGUCAUAAGGCAAAGAUGGAAGGUUUGACGAAAGAGUUAGAGGCUCAGACGAAGGAUCUGGAAACGUUGAAAAAUCGUGUUUCUGAGUUGGAAGAAGAGAGACUGGCUCAUGUAGCUGUUGACGCUGCUGAUGAGAUCAGAAAGUACAUGGCAAAGCUGUCUCAAGCUGAAAAGGAGAGAGAUGAGAAAUCAUCAGCUUUACUGCAUCAGCAGACGUCAGCAAGUGAACUCGAUGCGAAACUUGCAGCACUAACCUUCUCUCUUGGUCAAGAACAAGAAGCAAACAAGCAACUGAAGGAAGCUGUUGCUAAAGCUAGAAGUGACAAACAGAACGCACUAAAGGAAAUAUCUGGGAAAGCAGACGAGAGAGAGCAGCAGAAAAGUAAAGAACAGAGGAAGAUGAUCAAAGAGCUGGAAAAGAAAGUUCGGAAGCUGGAGGCUGGCCAAGGACCUAAAUCACCAACGAGACGAGCUUCCAGUGGAGGUGGACCUCUCGAACUUGAUGCAAAAACGGAGAAAAAAUUGGAGAGUCUUCGCAAUGAGGUGAAGACCUUGAAAUCGAAAGCAAAGGAUGAUGCUGAGAAAAUGAAGAAUCUGGAGAGGGAGUUGAAGGCUGUUGCGGCUGCGCCAAAGGGUGCUGCAUCAGCUGAAGAUAAAAAACUAAUCAAGAAGCAAGAGAAAGAACUGAAAGAACUUGCAAGGCAGCUUGAGAUUACACGUAAAAACUUGGAAAAGAAAGAGACAGCUCUUACGGCAGCCGAGGAAGAACUAAAGCAACUGAAAAAGGAUUGUAAGAAGAUGGAAGAACAAAUGGCUCAACUGAAAACGGAUAAAGAGCAACUUGCUGUUGCAGCAAGUGAGGGUGUGGAGUACAUGGAGAAGGCAAAAGAGUUGUCGAAGCAAGUGUCUCACUUGGAAACUGAAAACAAGACAUUGAGUGACAACUAUAACAGUGAAAGGGUUCUACGUAAGAAGUACUACAACAUGGUUGAAGACAUGAAAGGAAAGAUCCGUGUGUACUGCCGUGCAAGGCCACUCAGUAAAUCAGAGCUCGACAGAGGAAAUCAUUGUGUUGUGACAUCACCUGAUGAGUAUACUGUUGAUAUUGAUACGGCACGUGGUGUGAAGGAAUUUCAGUUUGACUCCGUGUUUACUGAAAGUCACUCGCAGGCUGAUGUAUAUGAGGAUACAAGUCGUCUUAUUCAAUCAGCAGUAGAUGGAUACAACGUCUGCAUAUUUGCAUACGGACAGACCGGCUCCGGUAAAACGUACACAAUGGUUGGACAGAUGUCUAUGGAUUCGGAGGUGCGAGGCAUUGCUCCAAGGGCCAUGAAGCAGAUAUUUGAUGUUCUAGAAGAAAACAAAGCAAAAUUCAGCUUUAAAGUGUCAACCUACAUGUUGGAGUUGUACAACGAUCGUCUGCUGGAUUUAUAUGUUAACCAAAAGAGUCAACCUCAGAAACUUGAUAUAAAGAAAGACAAAAAGGGUAUGGUAGUAGUUCACGGAUCUGUAAUGAAGGACGCUGCAUCCGCAAAGGAACUCUUUGAACUGUUUGAGCUUGGCUCACAGAAUAGACACACGGCAUCAACAAAAAUGAACGCUGAAAGCUCAAGGUCUCAUUUGGUUCUUGGAGUUAUUAUCGAGACGACGAAUCUUUCGAACGGGCAGGUGGUGAAGGGAAAACUAAGUUUGGUCGACUUGGCAGGAUCAGAAAGAGCAGCAAAGACAGGAGCAUCUGCUGAGCAACUGAGAGAAGCACAAUCAAUCAACAAGAGUUUGUCUGCUCUUGGUGAUGUUAUCUCAGCUUUGUCAAGUGAGCAGGCAUUCAUUCCAUAUAGAAAUAACAAGUUGACGAUGCUCAUGCAGGAUUCAUUGGGAGGGAACGCUAAGACGCUUAUGUUUGUUAAUAUCUCGCCUGCCGAUUACAACUGUGAUGAAACUGUUAUAUCACUGACAUACGCUUCAAGAGUCAAACUCAUCACUAAUGAUGCGCAAAAAAAUUCAGAGAACAGAGAGAUAGCUCGUCUAAAACAGGUGAUAGCCAAACUGAAGAGUGGAGAAGCUGUGGUUGAGGAUGACGAAGAGUGAUGGUGAAGGUUACGAGAUGUGGAGUUUUGUGUGGAGGCUGAGAUUAUAUUUAUUGUCAGUUAAUUAAGUGAUUUAGUUUUACUGUAACUAGAUGUAAAAAGGUUUGCCUAGACGUCAUUGAUAUAAAAUGGUUUAUAUGCCUAGACGUCAUUGAUAUAAAAUGGUUUAUAUGCCUAUACUUCAUUGUUAUAAAAUGGUUUAUAUGCCUAUACUUCAUUGAUAUAGAAUGGUUUAUAUGCAUAUACUUCAUUGAUAUAAAAUGGUUUAUAUGCCUAUACUUCAUUGUUAUAAAAUGCUUUACAUAUAGGCCUAGACUUUAUUGAUAUAAAAUGGUUUACAUUUAUGUGUUGUAAUAUAUAUUUAUAUUAAACUUUAAUUUAAUUAUUUGUUAUUCUUAAUGUAGUUAUUAAUAGUUAUUAUUGUCAAUAUAUUAUUUUAUUAAUUUUCCAUGGAGAUGA